GCAAAAUGUGUCUGGAAGCAUCCUCCAGGGGAUGAAAUCUACCGCAAAGGCCCAAUCUCAGUAUUUGAAGUAGAUGGGAAAAAGAACAAGAUAUAUUGCCAAAACUUGUGCCUUCUGGCAAAGCUCUUCUUGGACCAUAAGACUCUGUAUUACGAUGUUGAACCAUUUCUUUUCUACGUCAUGACAGAAGCUGAUAACACAGGAUGCCACCUAAUAGGCUAUUUUUCCAAGGAGAAGAACUCAUUUCUCAACUAUAAUGUUUCUUGCAUACUGACAAUGCCUCAGUACAUGAGGCAGGGUUAUGGUAAAAUGCUUAUCGAUUUCAGCUAUUUACUCUCCAAAGUGGAAGAGAAAGUUGGCUCCCCAGAAAGGCCCCUCUCAGACUUGGGACUUAUUAGCUACCGCAGUUACUGGAAGGAGGUUCUUCUCCGUUAUCUGCAUAAUUUCCAAGGCAAAGAAAUCUCCAUUAAAGAGAUCAGCCAAGAGACAGCUGUCAAUCCUGUCGACAUUGUUAGCACUCUGCAAGCCCUUCAGAUGCUCAAGUACUGGAAAGGCAAACACCUGGUUCUAAAAAGACAGGAUCUUAUUGAUGAAUGGAUAGCCAAAGAGGUCAAAAGGUCCAACAGCAGUAAAAUCAUGGAUCCCAGCUGUUUGAAAUGGAGCCCUCCCAAGGGCACUUAAUUAACCAGUCUCUCCAAAAAGUGUGAACAUUCCACUGGUGUGCUGCCAUCAUCACCAUUCUGGAUACUUUUUCUUUGUCCAUAGCUAGAAACAUCAUUUCAGUUCUUGGAUCUCUUGGUACCAGCUCUCCCUUUUCAGAUGUACUUGUAGUGUUUCACUUUUUAAAGAACCUUUUUGACCAUACACUUUGUCCAUGAGGCAAGAUUGAAAAGAUGAAAGAGUUCUGGACAAUAUUAAUGUGGCCUCAAGAAAGUGUAGUAAGAUUUAUUUACUCCUCCAUUAGCUAUAUGCUUGGGUUGCUUCUCAUAUUUUUAGUUUUGUAACUUGUUGCUUCUAUUGUAGCCCUCAGAUGUAGUCCACCUAUGCAAUACAGUGGAAUUGCAAAUGUGAUGGAAAGGAUCAUGUUGCUUUAUCUUACUUACAGAUGGGGCAGCAGGGACAGAAAAAGAUCAAUGUUAAAUUUCUCUGUUAAAGGAAAGCUAGUGGGGCCAGGGACAGAGGUUCUCAUCAGUCCCAUUCCUAUACUAGUUUUCAUUUUCACAUUUUUAAUAGAUAAAAGACCACUCAAAAAAACAACAAUCCUUUGCAUUUUUUUCUGAAAUGCUCCACUCCAUACU